GUGAUAACAAUGAGAGUCCUCACCAGAGACGCUCACAGCAGAAGAAGGAAGCCUCUCAGACCGACCAGCAUCACACAGAGACCAGGAUCACACAGAGACCAGCUGCUCCUCACUGAUAUCUGUGUUUUGAUGGGUUAACCUGAAAGAGGAAACAUGUUGAAUAUCCACUGAGACAAUCUGAACUGAGACACUUGAAAUGGAUUAACGCAGAUCUCCCACCCGAGUGGACUCCCACAGACCCCGCGUUGAGACUCUGAGCCGGUGGUUAACUGCUCGAUUUGGGAACAUUUCCACCCCCUCUGAUGUCCACCUGUCCCGGUCUGAUUCUGACCUGCAGACAGCCUCACCACGGAGCGUCACAAUCAACAAGCUAUUCCUGAGAUGGCCCGUGCAGAGACCAUCGAGAGCGUCGGGGAAACUGGAGGGGGAGGAAACGACUCUCUUCCUCGCCAUAACUACUGCCGCAUGGAGCUGCCUCGCCCAUUCCAAACCUGGCCAGGCCUGCUCACCACCACAACCGCCGUCAGCAGCAGGGGAAGUGGUGCUAUGCAGCCUCACCAUCUGCACCCUCUGCAGUCUCUCUACAUGUCCUAUCCCCUGCCUUACCUCCACCCAGAGGGCCAGGACGAGCCCCAGACCCACCGGCAGUUUCCUGCGUUAUCCCCAUCACCCACGCCUCCUCCUUCGCCGCCGCGCAAUCGGAAGGAGGAAACAGGCCGUGCACCCAGUGCCUUCUCAGGAGAGCAAUCAGACUUGGACGGAGAGGAGCAAGGAGACGCCUCCAGCCGGCUGGGACCUUUGCCCGACCUGCUGCCCCAGAACGAGCACCAUCACUUGGCCAACCGAGGGGAGGUGGUGCAGGAGCUGGAGGUCAGGAGGGUGGCUCUGCAGCUGAGGGCCAUCGGAGACGAGUACAACGCCACAGUCCUGCGCAGAGCGCACGCCGCGCCUCACUGGCAGGACUGGAGAGACACCUGCAGAGGACUCCUCAACUUCAUCACGCAGUCCCUCAGCACGCUCUACAGGCUCACGUAGAGGAGUCACCGCGGCGGGUCUCACGGCGUUCGAUUCAGGACUUACCUGCUGACUGUCCGAUUGUUUGUGAAGAGAGAAACUGUGAUGUUUCCACUUGAGCUCAGAGGGAUUCACACAUCCUGAAAUCAAACGUUUACUUGAAGACAGAAUUUUUUGGAGGAUGAGAUCAGCAGCUGGAGGUCAGGAGGGUCACCGGUCUGCUGGAUCAGGGUGCUACCUGUGGAAACUGGACCCUGCUCGUCCGUGACUCGGUCUGCUGGUUCAGACUGCAGCGGACAGACUCUCUGUAUAUUCUGUAUAUUUCUUUCUUUGUUUUUGGUUAACGUUUACGGGGGCGUCUCUUUGUGGAGCAGGCAUGACUCAGCUCUCUGUGAGUGUGUGUGAGUGUGUGUGUGUGUGUGUGUGUGUGUGUUUGCGUGGUAGACCUGGGUCAAACAUGCAGGAACAUCUUCAUUCAGUCAGAGGCGUGUUGGAAGGUGAAGGUCUUCAACGUGUUCAUCAUUGAGCUUCAGUCUGAGUCAUGUUUGUUUGUUUAUAAUGAAUUUCUCUGUUUCUGUUGUCUUCAUGUUCUCCUCUUGUCUUUCUCAGUUCCCCUUCACCUUCUGACACCCUCUGAAUUAUCUGAACUCAUUUCGAUGUCAGUGACAGUCGUGGUUUGACUCAUGGUCUGAUGUUUGCGUGCUUCUGUCGUGUCGUUAUUUCGCUUCCUGUGCCCCCACACAUUGUUAAAAACUGUGAAACUGGACGCUGAUUUUGCAUGGCAGGGAAAAAGUGGGGUGUUAAUCCACUAUGGAGCAAAGCACAGAGUGAACCUCUCUCCCAAUCUGCUUCAUCUCAUCAUACGACGUGCCUUUCUGCUCAAUAACCAGGACAAUCAACUGCACACAUUCAAAGAAACACACACACACACACACAUAUGCUCCUUAAGUGCUUUGUUUGCAGUCACUAAUCUAUCAUUUGCAUCACAUUCAAACGAUGCUCAGCUUCAGGUCACCACAGGACAGACGGAUCCCCUCACAGCACAACAAACACCUUCACACCUUCACACGGCCGGGGUUGGGAGGUAGCAGGUCCGCCUGUGUCACAGUGUUUAUACUUCCUUUGUUUGAUGUAAAUAUUGUUUUGGAUGAUUAAUCUAACCGCUAUGAAACAUGUUGAUGGACUUAAAGAGUACUUAUGAGAGAGAGAGAGAGAGAGAGAGAGAGAGAGAGAGAGAGAGAGAGAGCGCUCACAGUGUUUGUUUGGGAGAUCUUUUUGUAUUUCUGAGCAGAGUUUGAAUUUAAAUCCAGUGGAUUUGAAAAGUUUUCCAAGAGUUGAAGUAAAUUGUCUGAUUUGGAUCUUUUUGAAAAAGUAUUGAUGAUAUUUGUUAAAUGACCCCCUUGGAUGUGAGAUCAUUUUAAAUGUAGUGUUUGAGAACAUAUUCUAACUGCUCACAUCAAGAGUAUAAUUUAUUUUGAACGUAGCCUUUCUGUAGCUUUUUGUUUCUUUACUUUUUUGUACGUCUUAUUUAUUGUUUUCUUACAUUCCUGAUCAAAACGAUGAAUGAAGUUGUUUUUGAGUUGUACCUGUUAAAACAGAGAUUGAAUAAAAUGAAUGUGAAGUAAUAUUCAGACGAAGAUGGUACAUCACGGUUCAGAUAUUCAUGUUUUUAAAGAUCGUUAGAGACGCAUGAGUUCUAAAGUCUCCUGAUGAUAAGUUUCUAACUCAUUAUUACGCCUGUGAUGAGGCGACGUGUUAAAUACGCCAAACUUAACGUUGUAUUUUUAUAGGUAGUGCCACCUACUGGUGAAAAGUGUGUAGUGACAGUCGGCCCACUGAGGCUACAUUUUUAAAGCUUACUGACUGACUCCUCCCACUCAGGGUCAAAACUCUUCAACAUUUCAAUCUGGCACUUUGCGCUCAUCGUAGUAUCGGAACAAUCCGACGUGAAAACAACGACGUGUGUUCGGCUCUUAAAGCACUCAUGAGGAAAUGUUCACAGGACGACUCGGUACCUGAAAGUGAUGUAUCAGCUUUGUGUAUCAGAUGAGAUGGAAAAGUACAAAAAUUCUCCCUUUUUAAAGCACAAAAAUGAAAAAGACUGCUAGCAAUACUUCAAGUUUUUGCUCAACCUGACUGAAAAGUGAAGAAAAAUAUGAUUUCAAACAUUGGCGGGCUGAAAACCUGCGACAUUCAUGAACUAAAACAGAACUGUGGAUGAAAUAUUCCAUCUUAAAGGAUCAUUUCAACUUUUAUUUCAGGACUGAUUUGACUUAAUUUAGGCUUUAAUGACCUAACACACUUUAAAUGUCAAAGAAUGAUUACCUCUGCUUGUUAAUGUCGCCCCACACCGUUAAUUUCUGUUCUGUUUUUUAGCAAAUGGCCUUUUUUAAACAUUUUCAAAGCCUCCUUGUUUAAAGUCACAUGACCCCACAGCCUGCUCAGCUCUCCUGAGACCUCAGCAGCUUCCACAGCGUCUGUAUUCAUAUUUUAAAAAUGGUUUUGUUAGCAGUGCUCUCCGCCAUGUUUGCUCUCUGGGUACAAGUGUAAAGACAAAGUGUGGGAUGCUCCUCAGAUUCACCUGUAAGUACUUAAAUUAUUCAACCCGUAGGUGAUCGCUGACCCGGCGCUCUGAGCGUGUGCAGACGCUCACCUCCGGGUUAGCUUCUCUUGUGAGAGUGCACUUCCUAGUUCAGGGCUCUGUGUCAUCACAUGCAGUGCGUAUUUGCUGUUUUCAACUUUUUUCUAAUGUAAACUUUCUACAUGAAUUUUGUACUGUUUUCUUUUUUAUAAAUAAAAGAUAAGGAGAACUAUA